GUCAGAUCGCAACCGUCCUCUGCGAACCGUUAACUUCACAACUAAUGUAGCAUCCAGUACCGUACCGUACACCUUCACACAAGGGAUAACUUCUUCGUUCUUAUAUCGGAACGGGGAAAACAAUCGCUGACGCCGUCAACUAAAAUUUCACUCUCAUUCUGAGUGCGUUCAAGGAAACACGCUCUGUGCUUGUGCAGAUCCUCUGCUUAUUCGAAUUUCUUUUUCUCUCUCUCUCCUUUCCUUCUCGAAUUUUCUCAGAGCUUCCAAAUUGAAUUUCACGGUUCCAGUUUUGUUGUUGUUGUUGUUGUUGUUGAUGGAAACGAUAUUUGAUCGAUGGAGCAGGCUCCGAAAUUAGGGUUUCUGCUGUCGUGCGACGCGUGGGGAAAUUGAUGGCGGCCGUGAAUCCACAGCCUCUGCGAUUCGAGGACCCUGCGAUACCCGUCGAUGACGACGAGGUCGGUGAGUACGAGGAUGGUGAUGGUGGUGGUGGUGGUGAUGCUAUGGAUGAGUUGGAGGAGGCAAAUGCCAAUUCAGUUAACGUUGCUGUGAGUGCAAAUCAUGGUCAUGGGGCACUCGUUGUGCCUUCGCGUACUAGUGAGCUCACUCUUUCUUUUGAGGGUGAGGUUUACGUCUUUCCAGCAGUUACACCUCAAAAGGUGCAAGCUGUUUUACUGCUUUUGGGAGGACGUGAUGUGCAGACAGCUGUCCCUACAGUUGAACUUCCCUUUGAUGAAAGUAACACGGGAAUGGAUGAUACUCCAAAGCGUUCAAACCUUUCACGACGAAUCGCCUCCUUGGUCAGGUUCCGUGAAAAACGCAAGGAAAGAUGUUUUGACAAGAAAAUUAGGUACACUGUGAGAAAGGAGGUGGCACAGAGGAUGCAUCGGAAGAAUGGGCAGUUUGCAUCCGUGAAGGAAGGCUCAGGUUCAUCUAAUUGGGAUUCUGCACAGAGUUCUGGUCAAGAUGGCACUCCUCAAUCUGAAUCUGCACGUAGAUGUCAACAUUGUGGUGUCAGUGAAAAUAACACUCCUGCAAUGCGUCGUGGGCCAGCUGGACCAAGGACUUUGUGUAACGCAUGCGGUCUUAUGUGGGCUAACAAGGGUACACUCAGAGAUCUCAGUAAGGGAGGAAGAAAUCUUUCUGUUGAGCAAGGUGAUCCGGACACUCCUUUUGAUGUCAAGCCUACUGUUCUGGCAGGGGAAUUGCCUGGCAUCCAUGAUGAGCAAGGUAUUUCUGAAGAUCCUUCCAAGGCCAUUGCUGCUGAAGGUUCUAAUAAUCAUGCUGUAAACCCUAGGGAUGAGGAAUUGCCUGAAUGUGCGAAGCACUUUACAAACAGUCUGCCACUGGGAAUUGAUCAUUCUUCGGCAAAUGAUGAUGAGCAGGAACCUCUGGUUGAGCUUUCUAAUCCUUCAGACACGGAUAUUGACAUCCCUGGAAACUUUGAUUAGAAGGUACUAAAUGAUUCAUUACGUCAGGGGUUUUUACAUAAGUCCCACUGUAGUAUAUUCUUCGCUUACUAAUUGAUCUAGAUGCAAGGAUACAUGCCACGAGACAAUUAGGAAAAUCUGGGUUAUGACUGAAUACUCAAAUGAAAUGGUCAUUACUGAUUAGCAAAAUCUGGGUCGGGAAGCUCUUCUGUUCCCGAUUAACAUUAUGUAGUCUGCGAUAUUGGUGCUGGUAUAAGUGCCAAAAUAUUGUUUGUAUAUAUGUUCUCGGAUGAUCUUCCUUGAGUGUUUAUAUCAUGAAAUAUUCAUUAGUUAGGGUUUGAGUUAAUAAAAUGCUGUCUGAUUGUCCCUGACUAUCAUAAUUUCAUUGAGACCACCAAAGCAUUGCUACCCUGGUUUUAGAAUGAAAUGGUGAUAGCACUCGAGGAUGGACUGCUUAUUUGAAUAACAGUUUAGCAGUGUGCUAAUUUCGACAUUUGAUGAAGUUUAGACUGGUGUUGCUGGGCUCUUGGUCAGAACAUUUGGAUACGACACACUAAUAGACUUCUUCCAAACUCCUGUACAUAUGCAUAUAAAUAAAAUAUUUGUUUGUA